AUGAGCAGGAAGGAAGUCGGACAUGAUGACAUGCAAUUUGGUACGAUUCUUAUGAGAGAUUUAUCGACAGAGUCAACGCCAGCUUCAUUGCCAUCAUCCUCAACUGGAACCGUCCUCGUUCGUCCACCUAAAUUACUGACAGAGGUCCUUCAACAGGACUGUACUGAAUUACCUAGACAAGAGUGUCCACCGUCCACAAACCUUACUAUGCAUGUAUUGCAGCAAUAUCGAGAUGAAGAAAAGGUUCCGAUGUUUCUCGUGAAAAUGUGGAAUAUCCUUGAAGAUCCGGAAUUUCAAAAUAUAAUAUGCUGGGAUAAGAGCGGAUACAGUUUCCAUGUUCUGGAUCCACAUCUGUUUUGCCGCAUAGUUUUGCCGCAAUUUUUCAAACACAAUAACUUAAACAGUCUCAUACGCCAACUCAACAUGUAUGGUUUCCGGAAAAUGACACCUAUCGAGAAAUCAAGUUUGGCACGAUCUGAAAGUGAUCAGGAUCAUUUAGAAUUUUCGCAUCCAUAUUUUAUCCAACAGCAUCCCGAAUUGUUGGUUAACAUCAAGCGUAAAACUCCGGGUAAUCGUAACAACGAGAAUAACUCAGUGGCUAUGCCCCCAAAAGAAAUAAGUGUCCUUGUGGAUGAAAUACGACAGCUGCGUGAAAAGCAACGAACGAUGGAAAAUAAAAUGGCACAUCUUGUGAAAGAGAAUGAAGCAAUGUGGCAGCAGGUAUCACAUCUUCGAAAUCAACAUGUCAAGCAACAGCAUGUUGUCAAUAAAUUGGUCCAAUUUCUGGUAGCGCUUGUACAACCCUCACAAAAGCGCCUUGGGAAACGAAACUUACUAGCAAUCGAUGAAAUUGGUGUCAAACGUGCCCGAAUGGCUAGUACUUCUACACAAAUUGGGCAGGCAAGUAAUCUUGCUGAAAUUAUUGACCGACUGCAUCGUGAAAUCUCUGAUAAUACAAACGGUCAAACGAAGCAAAAUUCGAAUGUAUUUAACUCGCAUUCUAAUCAGGGGCCAAUUAUUGCGGAUGUCACUGAUGAACCGGAAAAUGCUGCUGUGGUAGGGCCAACUGCGCGGGCAGCAGUUGUCCCCGUGUUAACUGCUACACAUUUGCAACCUGCUCCCGCUAAUACAUCUCAAGUUUCAACUAAUUCCCCCAUAUCACUCAACCCGAUCUCAUUAUCUCCAUCUUUGGACAGACAAAUAUCAGAAGAGUUAGCAGAGUAUCUAAGCGGACAGGAGCAGACAAUUGACAACUGUCGUGAUCUGCUUGGAAACUGUUGGGAUACUAUGAUGACUGAUGAUGUGGAAGAUGGUGAAUCAAUUGAAUUUGAACGGCAACCUCUUAUGCUAGAAGGUCGUGAUCCAAUGUUAGCAGUGGACGAAGUUCCAAGCACUCCAGAUUUACUGACACCACUGGCAAGCCCUUCCCACAGUAAUAUUUAA